AUGCCUACUCCUUCGUUCGAGGGCAUGCCCCUCGAAAUUCUGUUCCGUAUUGCUCUGGGCACUAUUGAUUGUCAUACAGCACUUGUCUCUCUGCCUCUCGUGUCGAAACAGGCUUACAUCGCAUUGAUUGCAAACCUCUACACCAAAGUAUCGGAAAAUGCACUUGCCACUCUCGCACAACCAUCCUCUGCAUCUCAGCAAAUCAUGCGUUGCAGGCACCCAGCAUACUAUGUUGAGCAUAUCGACAUUUCUGCUGAUAUUGCCAAUGAAACUUUCUUGUCCUAUUUCGUCGAUGCAUUCAAUAACGUCUCACGUUAUGCUAAGAAAAAGACAUCAUUCACGUUUGGUGCUUUCUACCUGUUUGACCUCAAUCCUGUCUCCACUACCACAAAGUUGGAGUACAGCCACUUCGAAUCGGUGUCACUUUGCUGCUCCAGGCCUCCCGUUUUUGGUGUCGAUUUGUUCUCAGCACUAAUGACCUCAUUUAGCAGUGAAAGGUUAAAGCACCUGAUCCUUGAUUUUCACAUGGUCUCUGUCCCAGUCAAUUUCCCAACAGCGGUGAAAGCAUUGUUGCACAUUCAGCCCUGUUGCUCCGCAUUACAAACCCUCCACCUUACAUACGAUGCAUUGCGCCAAGGGUCUUCCGCUUCGGUGCAGGAUCUAUUCAAUUUGACGUCUUUUCUCUUCCCUCACUUGGAAGAUUUUUAUGUCUCGGACUGCCAUGGUGACCUCGACAUAUCAAAUUUCCUGGUCCGACAUCCAAAGAUUAAGAGACUGGGUUACAUUCCUGGUUGUACCGUGGAUGUGUCUUCCUUUCUGAAGGACCGUCACGUUGUACCGGAAUUGGAGUCAUUGUCUGGAUGUGGAUUCGUUAUUACCACCAUAGUGGCAUAUGCCCCUCGCCCCCUCACCUCCAUCACUAUAACAGACUGGAGUCCGGAUGCAAUAAAUGUAAUGAGGCUGAGAGAAGGUCUUGCGCGAACACCAACAUUGCGGGAGUUCAGUUUGCUCCUUGAUGAUUGGUUUACUGCCCAACACCUUCGACAAUUCCAAUCCAUGUUCAACAACCUUCGACUCUUUGAAUGCAAUCUUCUUAUCAACACCAUUAGUCCAGAUGAAAUGGCAAUUUAUUCAUUCUAUCAAGUUUGCACGGACAUAAGUCCCUCGCUCUCCCUGCUUACGGUCCGUACGUUCUGUCUUAAAACUGACUUACUGCUAAAUUUACAUUGUCACGCUAUCGAAACUGCAUGGACUGGACGCUCAUUGUCAACGGCCCUUCACACAAUGGUUCUGUGCCGAAGAGCAAAAGACGUACUUGUACAAGUUUACCUUCCUGCGUCGUCAGCACUCGGCAUGCACACAAAUACGUAG